GCCUUGUCUUCAUCCUCUGUCUCUCCUACUUUUCCAAACAACGCCCACAACGUCCACUUUCCGUACGCGAACUCACCGUAAUAUCAAAGACUUACAGAAACGCGUUCCUUUCGCUCUCCAGCCCAAAUGUCUCGCUGGAACAGCAUUUUGGUCAGGUACCGUCUUGCCGUAGUUCCCGAUCUUAUACAAGCUAGAAUAAGUCCAGUCAUCAGCCUCUUGACGGUCAAAGAGCCAACUCCGGGUCAGCCUCAGAUGCUCGAUCACACCCGACUUUGUCUUGGACAGACAUUCCAGCAGGACUAGGACUGUAACCAUGCACUACGCAUUGUCUUUCUUGCUUUCUUUGGUCUAUAUCAGCUUUAUGAAUGUGGCUAUUGCCGCGGGUUCUGAAGGACAAGGUAUCACCAUACCGCUCUUCCCCCGUUUGCGCACAGAUGCUCCAUCUACCCACAUCUAUCGAAGCAAUAUUUCGGUGGCGAACAGUCACGAAUAUGCCUAUCUCGCUCGCGUCGAUAUCGGCGGCCAACAGUUUUUGGUGCUGAUUGAUACUGGCUCCUCUGACUUGUGGGUGGUAUCGACCGAAUGCAUUGAGGAGGACUGUCAUGCUGUUACCAAAUACCAGCCCACAUCCUCGCUGACAUGGUCCAACGCCUCGUCCUUUGGUCUCGACUAUCUUUUGGGCUCCGUGUCCGGGAAGAUAGGGACGGAGCUUGUGACGCUGGGUCCCUAUGAAAUAUCGACCCAAGCUUUUGCCAUGGCGAAUAAAACCUCUGGCCUGGGUCUAUCUGGAACUGGCAAUAGCGGGAUACUGGGGCUCGCUUUCCCGCUGGAAGCAGCUAUCCCCGACACAUCAGGACAAACUCUUCUCGAAAACAUAUUUGCUUCUUUCGCCGACUCUGACAGAUACUUCGCUUUCAAACUUGGUCGAAAUCAAAGUGAUUCCUCGUUCAGCUUUGGUCAACUGGACCCCGCGUUUGCCAACUCUACGUCGAACUUUACUUUUAGUUCUGUCUAUCCUGCCUUCGGCUCUACUUAUGACUACUGGAAGCUUCCGAUUCAGUCUCUGACUAUUAACUCCACUUCUUUCGCUCUUUCGCCGUCUCGCGUCCAUGGCGCACCUUCUCCGAUCGCCGUCCUUGAUACCGGAACCACGCUCAUCUUGGGACCAAGGGCUGACGUUGACCGACUGUGGAACUCUGUAGGCGGUGCACGGAAAACAGACACUGGUGGCUGGCAAGUACGCUGCAAUCGUGGUAUCGUCAUUGGCUUUGUACUUGGACAAGGCGACAGUCAGAAGGAAUAUAUCCUCAAUCCCACGGAUCUGAGUUGGAGGCAGGGUAGUUCUGAUGGUGACUGGUGUAUGGGCGGAAUACAAGCGAAUGAUGGAGUCUCAUCGGGUGAUUGGCUCCUAGGUGAUACUUUUCUACGGAACGUCUAUGCCAUCCACCACAUGGCUGUCGAUGGCCAGUCCCCGAAGAUUGGCCUUCUCGGAAUGACUGACGCCAACUCGUCCAUGGCUUUAUUCCGAGCAGAACGGGGCGACGACGAUGCACCGCCCGUUCCAGUGCUGUCUGCGGUUGACCACCAUCCGCCCGUUCUUGGGACUGGCGCUAUCCUAGGCUUGACCGCUGUUGCUGGCUUCGUCUUUGGCGCACUGAUCACUUGCUUGUUGCACUGCUGCUUCGGACGGAAGGCCCGAGUGAACAAGGGCAGGAGAUAGUAUUUAUAUUACAACCAUCAUAUCAAGCAUUGUACAUGGUCCGAAAUCAAAUGGAAUACAGGCUAUGUUUACAUGUC